AGAAGACGGGAGUUUCGCAGUACUGCCCAGUCGUUGUUUCACACCGGACGUAUUUUUGUGAUACACAGGCGGCAUGGACGCUGAAUCCCAGCGUGUGUUGGAAUAUUUGACAGAAGUUGAGGAGGCAGCAGAGGAUGUUCUCACCACUAAACAGCAGAUUGUGGACCUGGACACAAAAAGGAACAGGAACAGGGAGGCACUGAAUGCACUGAAACAUGAAAUGUCAGAUUCAGAGAAAGUGAAGGUUUGCUUUGGGAACAUGUUCAUCAAAUUUCCCAAAUCUAAGACAAAAGAGAUGAUUCAGAAAGAUCAAGAGCAGUUGGACAAGGAGAUAAACGACCUUCGCAAAGGCCUGAAAGCAAAAGUCAAUCGUCUCAAUGAGAUGCAAGGAAAACCAGAGCUGAGAGGCUACACUCUUUCCCCACUGUCCACUGAUGAAGUCAAAGCUAUUAACAGCCUUUUAAAGAGGUGACAUGGCAUCUGCAGAAUACUGCGGAGGACAUGAAGGGCAAACGGCACAAGUUGCUAAAGAGCCUCACCUGCAGCGCUCAGAUUUGCAGACGUCCUGACCUCUGGAUGAUGUGAGGACAUCGUGAAUUAGCAUCAUAACACUGAACAGUAGCUGUGUGGCCGACAUCUGCAAGUUGUUCACUGAAUACCGCUCAAACAAGAGCUCGGCUUUAUUAUCUACAAUCGUUUUAAAAGUUAAGUUUUCAGUUUUUGAGGCCUUUUUUUCAAACAGUAGUCAGGUUUUGCUUACUGUAGUUCUAAAACAGCCCUUCAUAAGUGAUGGGGGACAAAAUCCACAGCCGUCCUUCUUUCAAUAGAUUGCUUCAGCUGUCUGAAUUUGACAGAGCAAUUUGAUUUUAUGUGAGUAUUAAUAUUUUUACUACUUAAUUCCCUUGUUUAGUUUCUGUCUUUCCCCUGUAGUCCACCUUGGAGACAAAAAGACAGAAUUUUACACAUUGACUUUAUAAGAUAAACACUUCAACUGUCCCCCUGAGACAGCUUCUGAAUACAUUACUGCACUGGAGGGAAGGCUGCAUGUUUAAUCCUCUAUGAUGUACGCUGAACGUACCAUGGAAAAGCAUAUUUUAUCAACAAAUACAUCCUGGAGGGAUGAUUGUAGCGAGCGAAACCUGUUUCUGAAGACAUAUGGUAAUGUAACUAUUGUUUUUGGCAGGCUUGAAAAACUGUAGACCUGUCUCUAAGAUAUGUGUAUGGUUUCCAGAUGGGGUGAAUCAAGCAAAUACAGUCAUGAUAUUAAAACAUCAAGCAUACAUACAUAUGUACAACACUGCCAUUUUUUUCUAAUAAAGCCACUGAUAUUAAAAGGA